AGCCCAGCGCCGGGGCCCUACGCCCGUGGGAGCCGCGUCCCCGCCGCUUGGCUGUUGCUAUGGAGACUGCGGCGGCCGCCCGGGCCUGUUUGUUGCACUUUGGUCCCGGCACAAAGAAGGAGCGGGGGAGCCGCGACCUCGCGCAGCCGGGGGGCGGCGGCAGCUUAUUACUUACCUUCAGAUGAUCAGUUUGCAUUAUGGGAUCAGUAUUUUAGGUUUGCUAACAAAUGGAUGAAAGCUUUUCUGAAGAAUCUUGUGGUGGUGGUGAUUACUUAGAGAAUGACUAUCAGAAAAAGAGAAACCUAUCUGGUUCCAGUUCAUCAAAAUAUAUUAGGAAGGCAGUUGAAGAUACACUGUCUACUCCUUCAAAUACUCUGGAUUUGAGUAGGAAGAAACUUCAGCAUCUUACUGAGGAAAUAUACAAAUUACCCAACCUUAAACAUUUGCAUCUGGAAGGAAAUGCUUUAGCCAUAAUUCCUAAGGAUUUAUUUCAGCAGCUGCCAAAUCUUGUUUGGCUGGAUCUCCGGCAUAACAAAAUUAAAACUCUUCCCCCUGGAAUUGGAUGUCACAAGCAAUUGAAAACUUUACUUUUAGAAAGAAAUCCUAUAAAAAGGCUGCCAUUGGAACUUGGUAACUUAACUUCAUUGACAGCAUUGAAUCUAAGGCAUUGCCCUCUGGAGUUUCCACCUAACGAUGUUGUACAGAGAGGACUGCAGUCCAUUCUGUGCUUUCUCCGGAAUGUUGGUAAUGGAAAACUUGUCAAUUUAGAGCCAGAUACUCAAGAAAUGCCACCUGUUGAAAAGUUAAAUUUAACUGAGUUGAUGAAAUCCAGUUUGGAUUUGUCAGAUGAGUGGCCAAAUGAAGAAGAAAUGCUACGAUUUCAGAAGCUGAGGGAGGAAAUGGUAAAAGAUGAAAAGGAAGAAUUUCUUGCUAACCAGGAUUUAAAUCCUAAAGCCACUAUGCAGGAGUUUGCUGAGUUCAGAAAAAAUGGAAGAAAGAAAGAGAAGCUCUACCACAAGUCAGCGACUCUUUCCAGGAAGAAGUUCUCACAGAAGAAUACAUUUUCCGAGUUUCAAUCAUAUGAUAAGAUGAUUGAAGCAAAACGAGCUGAAGAGUUCAGAUUGGCUGUGCAAAAGGAACUGAAAGAGACACAGGCUUUAAUUGAACAGCACAGAAAAGAUAAAGAAGUGCUUCAGGAAUGGAGACAGCAAACCAAGAUGAUGAAGGAGAAGAAAGAAGGAUUGUUCAAUUAUUCACCUACAAGAGCAGACAUGAUAUCAAAAAGUGCACCAUAUGCUACUGAUAACAUCAAUUAUCACAACACAAGAGAAGGAUGUGAAAACCUAAAGAAACGCAUGCCUGAAAAAAAUGAACAUGUGAGAAGAAUGUUGAAAGUAAAUUCUAUAAGAAAUGCUGAAGCUGCAAGACCCUUCAGAGAAAAAGAAUUGGAACAACGCAUCAAGCAACAUACACAAAUGAUGAAAGAAAGAAGAAAAAAGUCAAAAGGGACACCCCAAGAGGAAAUGCAGAGAGCAAAACAAGAGUUUGAAAUUGCUGAAAAGCUUCAGGCUGAGCUAGCACAAGUAAAACAAGAACUUCAGCAGGAGUAUCGGUUUACUGCCUUCACAGGCGAGCCUGUUCCUGAUUCACCAAGAAUGCAGCCUCAUAAUAUCUUUUCUACCAUAAAAUUUUAAUUGUCUGAAAUUCUUUCAAGAACAUUUGUCUUACAAUAUCCAUCUGUAUUGGAAAGCUUCUUUUCAGUAGGCUUUAUAAGUGCUCCUUUUAUUACCUAUUCUUGUUGAUUGUGUUUAACAAAGUUUUAAAUUAGAAUGAUAAUUAAUCAUUCUAUCUUGCCCAUUCAACCAACAUAAUUUCAGUAGAUUUAUAGUUACACGAUUAUAAAGUGUUUUUGGUGUUAUAUUGUGUUUCUUUUACUGUUUCUUUCUGACCUUCUUAAGAUCCCAUUCUGCAAUUUUUACUCAAGCAAACCGCCUAUUGAAAUAUGCUUCAGUUGAAGUUUUGCCUAGGUGGGAAUUGCAGAAUGUAUCCUUUACAUUGUACGUUAUUUGGGGCAAGAAACUUUUUUUAUUUGUAUGUUUAUUAAGUUAAAACACCAUGACCACCUAUAGUGCUAUAUCAAUUAAUAAUUUAAAGAAUAAUGUAUCCCCAGCUAUGCACUAUAUCUUAAGGCUGCAGUUGCAUCAGGGGAUUCUGGUGUCAUAGCCACAACAUUAGUAAUUGUUAUAGUGUGGCUCUGCUAUCUAAGGAUACUUUUCAAAUGCAGGAAGAUCCUGGGCACUAGAAAUAUGAUUGUUUGUUUAUUUUUCUUCAAUGAAUAAAAUAUUUAAGUAUUUUAUUUUCAACUUUCUUUCCCCUAGGUGGCAUCACUUUCUGUCUCCAGCACAAUGAUGUAGGGCUUGGAUCCUGUUUGGAGACAGUGGGAGCUAACAGCUCCAAAAGUGAUCAGCUGCAGCUGGAGGGAAUGUGCUGCCUGCUGCCCUCCAGUCCAGGAGGGAGAUCCAGAUGUUGGCAAGGCAAGGGAACCACUGAAGAAAACAGGAGAAGGAGAAGUGUUGGGAAUAUUCUGCUAUAGCUAGUAACCUCCCCCCCCCCCACCCCCAUUUGAAUGAGUGGAGAGGAGACAGGAAAGGACUGGAGGAAGGACUUCUAAAAAACCAUUGUAGCCAGGAAUAGAAAGCAGCUGAGCAGGAAGCCAAGAGCAUAGCAAGAGUGGGGGAGAAGAGCACCCCUAUAUGGGAGAUAGGUGGGAUACUGAUUGGGAUGGGGAGGACAAGGGACAACCAAACAAGCCAUCUGUAGGGAGAAGAGGAAAAAGGGAAUAGGGCUGGAGUCAGUCCUUUUGAAGGGAUCUAUUAUCAAUCAAUUCCUUCCCCAGUCUCCCAGCAGUUGUGUCUGUAGUACACCAGCAAAUUCCUCUAAGUAGCUCCCUUGCUUUGUCAGGAUCUGGAUCACCCAGCUGGUGAAGGGGAAGCAAGUGACAGAUUAUCUCAGGCUGCUGCUAAAUGCCUUCAGAGCUGUCAUCCUCUGAAAUCUAAUCCCUUCAAUAUCAGGCUGCAGCCAGAAAGUGGGGCCUUCCAAAGGAGAGAAAGAGAAAAGGUAAAAAUAAAACAUUUGAGCCUGAAUCACCACAGUGUGACACCAAUUGUAUAGGAGUGUUACUCCAUUGAAAUCUGUGGAGUUACCUAGAUGUAAAACUGGAGUAAUGCAAUAGUGUAUGAAGACCUUCUGCCUUUCUUUUCAAAGCAAAAUCCCCAUUAUUUAUUGUACUAAUGCCCAGGAGUCUCCUAAAUGUAAAAGACUUUAGUAUUUAAAAUGGUGCUAAUGACCCUUUAAUAUCACGAGAGCCCCAGAAGGAAACAGUGGAUAAUUUCUGAACAUUAUGUCUGUUAUUUCAUUUUAUAUAUUGAAAUACAAGUCUUCCCUCCCUGUCUGGUCUUUGGCUUCUCCCCUCUCAGCCUCCUCUCCUUGUUUCUAGAGUCAUUUGUCUUUCUGCUGCACUCCAUGCCUCUCUGGGGUUUUUCACCUUUCUCCAGCUUGAGGGUGUAAAUUUAAAAUUUACCUGAACUCCAAAUGUCUGUGAUUACAGUUUGAUUGAAAUAUGGCCUGCUACUGGGGCACAAAAUCAGGGUCAUGAAACAGCUCUCUGGUGGCAGGAAGCAGUGCUAGAGUUGAAUUCGUGGUUGGUGGGAGGAGGGGUUCCUGUGGGGAAAAUGAGGUGCAAACCUGUGGGGUGUCCUGUAAAGGAAUUUUUUUUUCGAGGAAGAGGAUGGAGAGGACAGAGAGUGGCUGGUAUUGCUGGUUCUUCAGAAUAUGUGGCCGAGUUUGAUCAUGUCUUAAUCUGCUCCUGGAUACAUACAGUUUUACAUGUUCAUAUUUUGGAGUCAAAUACUGAUUAAUAAUAAGGAUUCAAUACCUACUGAGUCAAGUUCUGCUCUCACACAAGUGUAUAGUCCGGAGUAACUCCCUUAAGGUAUGUCUACACUACCUGCUGGGUCGGCGGGCAGCAAUCGAUCCAGUGGAGGUCGAUUUAUCGCAUCUCAUCUAGAUGUGAUAAAUCGACCCCCAAGCGCUCUCCCGUCGACUCUUGAGAGGCACAGGCAGAGUCGACGAGGGAGCGACAGCAGUCAACUCACCGUAGUGAAGACACUGCGGUGAAUAGGUCUAAGUACGUUGACUUCAGCUACGUUAUUCACGUAGCUGAAGUUGCGUAACUUAGAUGGAUCUCCCCGCAGUGUAGACCAGGGCUUAGUUUCAACGGAAUGUCUCUGGAUUGGCACUGUUGGAAAUGAGAUUGCAAUUUGGCCCAUCUUUGUGUGUGACUGCUAACACUGUAAAAUGCUGUUUAAUCAUUCUGUUCACUGUUUCCAUAUAUACUAAAUGUGUAGCAAUGUACAUUUAGCCGUUAAAAACGCUAACAUUGAAGAGAAAAUACAAAGCACGUGUAUACUAAUCACUUAAAUAUAAAGUGAUCAUAUAAAGUCAACAAAAUUAUUUUUACCUGAGCACUAGUUAUUUUUAAAUUCAAGACUAUUAUUAAAAUAAUUUGUUCUUCUAAAUACACUUAUAGUUCAUACUGUAAUCCUAAAUUAUAUUGCCUAAAUAAAUUGCAUUAGUGUGUAAAGAUGUAUAAGAUUUUGGGUCUGGCCAGAUUAUUUAAGUGGCUUGUUUACUGUUGUUGUAAAAUCUGCAUUGUAAGCUGUUUUGCUCAGUGUAGCAUACACUUGCCUCUGCACCCAGUCACUAUUUUGGCUGGUGCAAAGGUGGGAAAAGGCCACAGCUCACCAUCAUUCUGCCUUUCCCUGCCUUCUCUGAAGAUGCUAGCACCCGUUGUGACACUGGCCACUGCCUAGCACUCCCCUGCCACACUAUGUGUGGCCCCUACAGACGUAUGUGCAAACGGGGGAAACCCCCUGUGCCCUCUUUCCACUCUGCACAGUCUUACUUUGCACGAACAUUAUGGGCCAACUUUGCCUCUUGUUUGUCCAUCUUUUUAAUAGAAAUGUCACUCAAUCUACUGUCAGUUGCAUUGAUAUAGAUUCAGUGUAAAUAAGGUCCAUAGAGUUGCUUUGAAUGUACAUGAGUGGAACUGAAAGUAGAGAGUGUUUUUUUAUCAUUGUUUUAAAGCUUGGAUUUUAUGAAAAGGGAACAAAAAAAUAAAAUAUCUUGAUACUUGAACCUUAUGUUUUCUCUGCAUCAAAUAUCAGUGAGAUAACAUCAGCAUUGUUUAAUUUAUAGUCUCUUACUUUUAUUGUACCAGGAAUUAUGUAAAUAUCAAGUCUUGUAGACUUGUAGACUUCCAGUGAAUGUGGAACAUCUUGCUUUCAAUGAUAUUUCAGAAGGUUGUUUUCCUUCUGCAGCUCAUUCUGGAUUUCUCUGUCCUUGAUAGUGCCAAUAUUCUUUUUUGUGUUUUCACAUUGCUCUCAAUGUAUUUUCAAGGUUCUGAAGAUCAACAGGAAAGUCAAGGCUGAUUGUCUGAAAUCUAUAAACUGUCCUCUAGGUACUAUGGUUAGCACAUAAAGUGGUUUCCACACUAAAGUACCAGGUCAAUGCCAUUUUUUUCAAUUUUAAUUUUUGCCAUUUAAAUUAACAGAGAAGAAUCAGGUACAGCACCUUGAGCAGUGAAGGUAAACUUUUGCUACUUUAUUUGGGCAAGUCUCUAUAUGAAACCGCCCUUAAUCUUUAAAAAGUGAAUAGUCGGAGCCCUAUUCUGCAGUCCUCAGUGAAGCAAAGUUCUCAUUGCCUUCAAAGAAACUUUAUUAUUAGCAUACUUUCAACUGUGUAGAUUAGGUCCAAAUGUGAUCUUGAAUAAAACUAGUAUGAGCUUAUUAAAAGUAAUCCAGUAUUUGUAAAGGGUGAUCAAUAGUUCAGACAAGUCUUACUUCAAUGGGUACUUUUCAAAAUUUAGAAAAAUGUAAGGUAAAUAUAGAAUUGAAAAUAACAGAAUUAUGCGAGUUUAGAGUUUGAUUAACACCAAAUGUGGGGGGUGAACUGCCUUUUGAGAAGUUCUUGCUCAUAUCCAACAUGCAGAUGCAAGCCAUCAUGGGAGUGAGGAAGUCCAGAGUCUAAUUCUGGCUCUGUCAUCAACUUGCUAUGUGUUACUUUGCAGCCACUUCUCUCUGUAAAUGGAGAUAUCUGUACUUAUCUACCACAGGGUGUGGUGAGGAUAAACAAAUGUUUCUAUUAUUCUUUCAAUUUGUAAAACCCUAUAGCACUGAUUACUAGUAGAUUGUACAGAGUUAGAGUGAUUGACAAAUUUGAAUUAGGGAAAAAAAGCUUCUCUUUAGGGCACUUUUAAGAAAGGAACCUAGCUUUGUCUUUUGUUUGGUUGUUUCCCCUCCCCCUUCUUUGAAGCACUGAGCCAGGAUCACAAAUUAGGUGCAAAAUGACGUAUCUCACAUGAUCUAUUUCCUACAUUUGCAGGUGGACUAGUGUAGGUGGACUUUAGGCGUUCUUGCCUUGUAUGUGAUGUGCAGCUUAAAAGGCUUUAAAAGUUAUCAGAGAGGUUUGUCUUGCAUGAUUCUGUUCUGGAUCAAUAACUCUGAUUAAUGGGAGGUAGAGACUCAGCAGUGUUUUUCAUUUGAUUUUGAACAAAUAUAAAUGAGAUUAUUUAUUACUGUGUGGGUUCUAUUUGUAUCUUCUCUGACAUUUUCUGCUUAAACAGAAGUGUUGAAGUGAAUUCAUAUUCUCUUAUUCCCUUUUCAGGAGUACCAAAUCUCCAAGAGGGAUUGUGGGAAAGAUGUGCUAGCACAAAAAUGAAUCAUGUUCUGUCUUUGUACGGGCAGCAAAGAGUGGUCAGUUCAGGCAGUGAUGAUGGUUAGCAGAGAUGCAGUUUGGUGCACUAAUAACCAUUUUUGACUUGUAAUUCAUUCCUACAAAUUGAAAAAUACUGAUUUCUGGGGAUAUGGCAGAACAGAAGUAGCACCUCUGACAUAAGUGCUGGAACUAGGGAUGCUGUCGCACCCCCUGGAUUGAAGUGGUUCCUUCAUAUACAGGAUUUACAGUUUGGUUCAAUGGCUCUCAGCACCCCCACAAUACAAAUUGUUCCAGCAUCCCUCACUGCUCUCAUAAAGAUAAAUAAGUACUUAAGGAACCAGACUACACUACACUUUCACUUUCAAGGUCUUUUAUGACUGUG